AUGGCAUCCGGUAAGAACUCACUCUAUGUUCUAUUCAUGGCUUUGGUCCUCAUGGCUGUAGUAAGUGAAUUGGCAAGUGCAAGUUCGCUAAGAGUGUACCGUUUACAAGGUUGCAGUGGCGAAACUCAAACGUAUAGUAGAUGUGGAUGCACAAACCUUUUGUAUAUGGGUGGUUAUCAAUUUACUUACACUGGUCAAACUGCUAGGAUGUAUAACACAGGGAAUUGUCUAGGUUCAGGCGUUUUUACUCUCACCGGCAAUGCCCGUAUGUGCAGCCCCAUCGGAUGGAGGAGUAUUAACAUCCAAUGUUAA